ACUUUUAGAACAAUGCGCGUUUACAGUGAGUGUUGGCCCGGGUGUUUUUUGUGGUGGCCGCUGACUUGAGAAGUCGUCUUCUUGUCAAAUUUUUUUGUGCAUGGAGGAGUUGAUUUCAGAAUGAGUUGGAGACGACCACACCAUGUUGUCCGUUUGCUUCGUGGACCUAUGUGUUUCAGUAAACCAACAUUUGCCCGGAGUAGAACGCUAUCGGCUUUACACACGAGAAAAAGCUGGUUUUGCAGUGAUACACAACACUUGGUAGUUGCGACCAGCGACUGCAGGCUUACAAGCAGUAAACUUGCUGAUUCACGGCGUGAAGAACAAUUUCAGCCCGGGUUAUUUCACGUCGACAUUUCUUCCUUUAGAACCGAUGAGCAAGGGGACAACCGAAACAACGCAAACUCUAAUAGUGAACAAUUCAGGAAGCGUUCUUAUAUCAAUUACGGGACACACUUAGAUCCAGUCGUCUUCCGACAAUUGGGAGAAGGAUGGGUGCUGGGGGACGACGGAGCCAGGAAGGAGGUAUUCCAUCCGAAACUGACGCCCAGACUUUUUUACAGGGAGGCUGAUGAAUACAGCGACACUGCUGUUAUCUCCCCACAAGUUGCAAGGGAAGAAAUCGGUUCCGAAAGCCGGUCAAAGCAAGUUGGAAUCUUCUUGGAACAGUUUAAGCUUGAAACUGGAAUCGGCGAGCUAGACUUGCGACAACUCUUAGAAACUUUCCUCCAGUGUAGCGAUGAGUUUCUCUUAGGAUUAGCGAGCGACACCAGAUUCAUUGAGUUCACUGAGUUUCUCAGCCAGCGCUGUCCUCAACUUCCCACCGACGAAUUUGUGAAAGUUCUGGUGCUAUUUGCAAGGGUUCAAGUUCGGGCCAAGAUUUCGGCCGUCCCGAUAUUUUUGUCAGAAUGCGAGAGCCGAUUCGCAAAUUGGGACGUCCCGACCUCCUUGUUGGUUUGCGACGCGUGGAGGCUUAUCGGUCUCAAAGUCAAAUCGUUAAAUACCAAUAUUUUCAGUCAGAUUGAGCCAAGGGCGGACCAACUGACCAAACACCAAGUCGUCCAGUUGAUGUAUUUGAUCGGAGAAAACCGAUUUUGCCAGGAAAGCUUACGUGACAAUCUCCAAGAUCUCGUCCUGAAGCACUUGGACUCGUUCACUUUGACGGAGCUUGGGACUGUCUGCCAAGGUUUCUUCAAAUCCAAGACUAACUUGAAACCCUCGGUUGUCAGUGCUCUGGCUAUGAAGAUACAAUCUCAGCCGGUGGAUUGCAUUCACAGUUUUUAUCUUGUUGGCAUGUUAAAGGUCUUCCGCCAAGCCUACUUUGGUCACAGAGACCUUUUCAACCACGUCGCAGACUCCGUCAGCCCGCACCUCCACACCUACCCCAUCACCUCCAUCAUGCACAUACUCCUAACCUACGCCACACUGCACAUCCACAACGAUGCCCUGUUGGGGGCGGGGUCACACGCCCUCCUCAAGCGAUCCCACGAGUGCCGAUGCAAAGACCUCUCCAAAUUCCUCUGGUCCUUCGCCACCCUCAACUACCACCCCGAGAACUCGGAGAAGUUCUUCAAGACGAUGAUUGGUCGGCUGGUAGAGCUCCUGGAUGAGUUUGAAGACUUCCCGGUGUUUCUCGUCUCUGGGCUUCUGUCGUUGGCUUACCUCAACAUUUAUCCAGCCGAGCUGCUGAAUUUAGUCUUCAGUCGGAGGUUUUUACUGAAGAUAGAUGAGUAUGCCGAGCAGUCCAACAUUGAUCCGAUGAGGGACAUGUUCUUGUUGCAUUGCGCGGUCACAAUUGAAUGCCCGGAUUACCAUGGCAACCAACUCGGAAAGAAUUUUUUCUUGAGAAAACCGUUCUCCCCGAGAAUGUUUGGCAGCCUUCCCUACGAGUUGUCGCGGCGCCCUCUGUUGGGACAGGUGGCCUCGUCCGUUGCGUCAGUCCUCGGCGGGGAGAAAUACAUCAAACUUGGCUUCACUCUGCCGCACAUGAAAACCGCCGAUAUUGAAAUUCGUUUGGAUCCUCAUAACAGUCCAAUCCCAAUCAGUGAUCUCAGGAGUUCUUCAACGUCGUCUUCGCAGUUUUUGAGGGACAAAGUUGUGCAUCUUGACCCUUCCCUGAUAACCAACUUAUCUGGAAAAAACGACGGGAGGUUAGCAAACCCCACUGGAAAUAGAACAGCAUCCAGUGACCCCACUGGAAACACAACAGCAUCCAGUUACCUCAAUGGAAACAGAACUGCAUCCAGUAACCCCACUGGAAAUAGAACUGCAUCCAGCAACCCCACUGUAAAUAAAACUGCAUCGAGUAACAUUGGAAAUAGAACUGCAUCCAGUGACCCCACUGGAAACAGAACUGCAUCCCAUAACCCCACUGGAAAUAGAACUGCAUCCGAUAACCCCACUGGAAAUAAAACUGCAUCCAGUAACCCCACUGGAAAUAAAAAUGCCUCCAGUUACCCCACGGGAAAUAGAAUUGCAUCUAGCAACCCCGCUGGAGAUAGAACUGCAUCUAGCACUUCCACUGGGACAAGAAUAGCAGAUGAACCAGAAACUACUGGAGAAGCACGUAUGGUUGAAAGUAGACACUUGAAUGCCAGAGAACCGCAAACGCCGUCGGACAAGACACUGGCAGUUGACAAGUUGGUGUUCGACAGAGCGGCUUUGUUCGCUCGGAAGAACGCCGCGUCUGGUUGGUCGUCAAGAUUCGAUGUCCCGGAGCCUUUAUGUACAGCACACCUAGGAGGAAACAGGAUAGCUGUAUUAGUCUGGUCCCGUAAUCACUUCCACUUCAAUGGCAAGAAGUUACUGGGUCUCCAUUCUAUGAAGAGGCGGCAACUUCAGAAGCUGGGGUACAAGACAGUCGAAAUUCCUUUCUUCGAAUGGGACCAAUUGACUGGAUCGGAGGAAAGAGAGAACUACAUUAGACUGAAGCUUUUCCCCGACAAUUAGGACAACAAACUUUUUGAAAUUAAAAAAAGAUGUCACACACAAGUAUAUCAGUUCACUCACUUUACAUAUCAGAAUUUUAAUAAAUUUUAAUAAAUGCCCCAUUUAUGAUAAAUUAUUUAAAACUGGUCAACUUAUAAUGACCUUUCCACAUUGAAAGAAAUAUAGUUUGUUCGCCUUUGCAUUGUAACAUGACAACCCUUUCGUCUUUGGUGCAGUCUCCGUUCGAAUCUUUAUGUGUUCAUCCUUUUACGAGGAUGUUGAAAAAUUUGUUGAAAUUUGACAUUUUCUUAAGUAUGGAAAUUGUAUUCUCAGGAUGACUCUUGAGCCAUCUCGUGAUAAUAUUCUCAGCUGGAUGGCAGUUGGUGCAAUCAUUUUCACACUGAGUUUUCAAAAAAUAUAAAAUACUUUAUACAUAAUGAAUAAACAAACUUUAUGAUAUUUCAUAAUAAAAGUUUUAAUUUAAACAAAAAUGGAUAUUUGAGCCUGGCUUAGCCCAAUAAAACAAACAUUAUAAACGGAAGGUUUUAUGCAAUCAUUUUGUUUACAUAAGUAAAUGUAUAAGUUUCAGUUUAUAGUUGCAGUUUAAAAUUAUUUAUACAAUUUAUAAAAUUAUUUAUACAAAAAUCCUGGAGGGUACAAAACUCGGAACAAGUUUUUUAAUUAAAAAAAAUUGAUUUAUCCACAACCAAUCCUUUAGCCAGUUUUAAAUGUACUUGUGUAACACGACCAAGCACAUAUUUAUUCCCAUUCAUAAAUACCUUUUUCAGUCAAAAGUAAAAAACUGACAAAACUCCCAUGAUUUUGUUCAACAAUUGAACUUCACGUUUUGUGAAACCCCCUCUGGCCAUGUCCAUGGUAUGUGCCUCGCACACGUAGUGCUAAAAUGUCCUUAUAUGGAGAUUAGCGCGUGAACAGUGCAUACUGCGUGCAGUGGCGCAGAACACAGCUGUGUUUUACCGGCACCGAGUUCAAAACCACCCAUGUGACGGGCUCUCAACCAAUAGGAAAGGCUAAACUGUCAUGGGUAUUUUUGCAUGAAAUUUUUUUUAUUAAGGAGCCCAAAAUGAGAUUUAAAUAUCAGAUAUUGGCUAUUUCAAAUAAAACUUUUAAAAAUUGGAAGUCAAA